CUGUUCACGUUCCGGGAGGACCUCGCGCUCGGCACCCAGCUGGCCGGGGUCCACCGGCUGCUGCGGGCGCCGCACAAGCUCGAUGACUGCACACUGCAGCUCUCCCACAAUGGCGCCUACCUGGAUUUGGAAGCGACGCUGGCAGAGCAGCGGGACGAGUUAGAAGGCUUCCAGGAUGAUGCUGGGAGGGUCAAGAAGAACAGCAUCAUCCUUAGGACACAGCUGUCCGUGAGGGUCCAUGCCUGCAUUGAAAAACUAUACAACUCCAGUGGAAGAGAUUUAAGAAGGGCCCUUUUCUCUCUGAAGCAGAUAUUUCAGGAUGACAAGGAUUUGGUGCAUGAAUUUGUAAUGGCUGAAGGUCUGACCUGUUUGAUCAAAGUGGGAGCCGAGGCUGAUCAGAACUAUCAGAAUUACAUCUUAAGGGCUUUGGGCCAGAUAAUGUUGUAUGUGGAUGGGAUGAAUGGAGUAAUAAACCACAAUGAAACCAUUCAGUGGCUGUACACUCUCAUUGGCUCAAAGUUCCGGCUGGUGGUGAAGACAGCCCUGAAGCUGCUGCUUGUCUUUGUCGAGUACUCGGAGUCAAACGCACCUCUUUUAAUCCAGGCUGUCUCUGCUGUUGACACAAAAAGAGGAGUCAAAUCCUGGUCAAAUAUCAUGGAAAUACUGGAAGAAAAGGAUGGGGUUGACACAGAGCUGCUGGUUUAUGCGAUGACUUUAGUGAACAAGACCUUAUCAGGACUACCAGACCAAGACACCUUCUACGAUGUGGUGGACUGUCUGGAGGAGCUGGGCCUUGCAGCCGUGUCACAGAGGCACUUGAACAAGAAAGGGACUGACUUGGACUUAGUGGAGCAGUUUAACAUUUAUGAGGUGGCACUCAGGCAUGAGGAUGGCGAUGAGAUGGCAGAGCUGCCCCCCAGUGGGCGUCGGGACCGAAGGAGAGCCAGUGUGUGUUCCAGUGGCAGUGGGAGCAGUGAGCACCGGGGCUUGGACCGCCGGAGGAGCCGCCGGCACUCAGCACAGAGCAUUCACAGUACCCUGUCGGCUCCUACCAGUCCCUGUUCCCAGUCGGCUCCUGGCUUCAAGUCUGGUCAAGUGCAAGAUCCCAGUGAAAAGGUUGAGGAGGAGGAAGAGGAAGAGGAGCAGCCAGUUACAGAGCCCAAUUCAGAGGAAGAGAGAGAGGACCCUGCUCCCUCUCAGGGCAAGGACAGCGAGCACAGCCCUGUCUCAGAGCAGAAGCCCACUGCAGUGGAUGCCUCUCCCAACAGGCCAGCCCUCCCAGCUACCCCAAGUGCAGUCUCCCAGGGAAAGGAGCUUCCAGAUAGCACUACCGUGGGGAAUGCUUUGGACAGUGGGUCCUCUGGGCCUGAGUCCACCAUCUGGGGCACUCAGCCUGUCCUGUUGCUGCCCUCAAGCCCUGUCUCAUCCUCUCAAUCUACUUCCACCUCCAACUCUGCCGCAGCUGUUCCCCUAAAGGCAUCACCAACAAAAGAAAAACUGCCCUAUGUGCCACACAGCCCCUUCCACCUCUUCUCCUAUGACUUUGAGGAUUCUCUCUUACCCACCAAAGAAAAGGAAGCAGAGUCCCAGAAGGAAACCAGCUCCUCAGAUUCCAGCCAUUUGAGCACAUACUCUGCCUCUGAGCCUUACAACUUCCGUUCUUUCUCUUCUAAUAGAUACACCAACUUUGGCAACAACUCCUACCACUCCUCAAGACCUUCAUCUGGUACCAGUGUGCCCACCAACCCCGCGUCAUCUCUUUCACCUCCCCAGGAGGCCAGAUUAGAAAGGUCAUCACCAAGCAGCCUUCUCACAUCAUCCUUUAGGCAGCACCAAGAGUCGUUGGCGGCAGAAAGAGAGAGGCGGCGGCAGGAGAGAGAAGAGAGGCUGCAGAGAAUAGAAAGGGAAGAGAGAAACAAAUUCAGCCGAGAGUAUUUAGACAAAAGAGAAGAGCAAAGACAAGCAAGAGAAGAAAGAUACAAAUACUUGGAGCAGUUGGCAGCCGAGGCACAUGAGAAGGAGCUGAGAAGCCGAAGUGUGAGCCGGGGUAGAGCUGACCUCUCCUUGGACCUGACCUCACCAGCAGCCCCUGCCUCCCCCACCCCUCUGAGCCAUAGCGCUUCAUCUCUAGAUGCACCAGCUGCUCUCCCGGUACCAUCCUCCUCCCCGGAAACACCUCAGCAUCCCCAAGCAAGUGCCGGGGAUCCUGAGCCUGAACCAGAGGCAGAACCCAAGGCAGAGGUGGGGCAGGUUGCUGAUGAGGCCAGCCGGGAAAUAGCCCCUCCAGAAGCAGCAAGCAAGGUGGAGCGAGCACUGGAGCAAGAGCCAGAAGAAAGAGCCUCCCUCAGUGAGAAAGAAAGGCAGAAUGAGGAGGUGAACGAGAGGGACAACUGCUCUACCUCCAGCAUCUCAUCCUCCAGCAGCACGUUGGAGAGGGAGGAGAAGGAAGACAAGCUCUCCAGGGACCGAGGAACUGGUUUGUGGUCCUCAGGUGUUCAGGAUGAUGGUGUAAAUGAACAGUGUGGCGACAUCCUCACUAACAAACGGUUCAUGCUGGACAUGCUGUAUGCCCAUAACAGAAAGCCCACAGAUGACGAGGAGAAGGAAGAGGGUGAGACAGGGAGGACUGAGCAGGGGGCAGAGGCAGUAGCCAGCCUUGCCAGCAGGAUAUCCACCCUGCAGGCCCACUCUCAGGCCCAGGACGAGAACAUCAGGAGGUUGGACAUUGGCUGUCUGGACAAUCGGGGCAGUGUGAAAGCCUUUGCUGAGAAGUUCAACAGUGGGGACCUGGGGAAAGAGCCCAUCUCUCCCAACGAUGAGCCCGAUGACAGUGUUCCGGAAAAAGCCCCAGCACAGCCCAAGACAGAGUCUGACUACAUCUGGGACCAGCUCAUGGCCAAUCCAAGGGAGCUCAGAAUCCAAGAUAUGGAUUUCACUGACUUGGGGGAGGAGGAUGACAUCGAUGUCCUAGAUGAGGAACUGGGUCACAAGGAGACCCCAGGACCUCCACCCCCUCCCCCACCUACUUUCCUGGGUUUGCCACCCCCACCCCCUCCACCCCUGUUGGACAACGUGCCCCCACCUCCAGUCCCCAGUAAUUUAUUGGCUCCUCCUCCAAUGUUCAAUGCUCCUCAGGGCUUAGGGUGGCCCCAGGUACCUAGGGGUCAGCCGGCAUUCACUAAGAAAAAGAAGACCAUCCGUCUGUUCUGGAAUGAAGUUCGGCCUUUUGAGUGGCCGUGUAAAAACAACCGACGCUGCCGAGAAUUCCUGUGGUCGAAACUGGAACCCAUUAAAGUGGAUACUUCCAGACUGGAGCACCUGUUUGAAUCUAAAUCCAAGGAACUGUCUGUCACAAAGAAAACUGCUGCAGAUGGAAAAAGGCAGGAGAUCAUCGUACUGGAUUCCAAGAGGAGCAAUGCUAUUAAUAUUGGUCUGACGGUCCUGCCCCCUCCGAGAACAAUUAAGAUAGCCAUUUUGAAUUUCGAUGAAUAUGCCUUAAACAAAGAAGGAAUUGAGAAAAUUCUAACCAUGAUUCCCACUGAAGAGGAGAAGCAGAAGAUCCAGGAGGCUCAGCUGGCCAACCCUGAGGUGCCCCUGGGCAGCGCAGAGCAGUUCCUCCUCACACUCUCCUCCGUCAGUGAGCUGUCCGCUCGGCUCCACCUCUGGGCGUUCAAAAUGGAUUAUGAAACCACAGAAAAGGAAGUGGCAGAACCACUUUUGGACCUGAAGGAAGGAAUAGACCAGUUGGAGAACAACAAAACCUUAGGCUUCAUCCUGUCUACUCUGUUAGCCAUUGGGAACUUUCUAAAUGGAACUAAUGCCAAAGCGUUUGAGUUAAGCUACCUCGAGAAGGUUCCAGAAGUCAAAGACACAGUGCACAAACAGUCGCUUCUCCACCACGUGUGCACCAUGGUGGUGGAAAACUUCCCAGACAGCUCUGAUCUGUACUCAGAGAUUGGGGCCAUCACCAGGUCAGCCAAGGUUGACUUUGAUCAACUGCAAGAUAAUUUAUGUCAGAUGGAGAGAAGAUGCAAAGCUUCAUGGGAUCACCUCAAGGCAAUUGCAAAACAUGAAAUGAAACCAAUGUUAAAACAACGAAUGUCAGAGUUCUUAAAAGACUGUGCAGAGCGAAUUAUCAUUUUAAAAAUUGUCCAUAGACGAAUAAUUAACAGAUUCCACUCCUUUCUGCUCUUCAUGGGCCAUCCACCUUAUGCGAUUCGAGAAGUGAACAUAAACAAGUUCUGCAGGAUCAUUAGCGAAUUUGCACUGGAGUAUCGCACCACCAGGGAGAGGGUUUUGCAGCAGAAACAGAAACGGGCCAAUCACAGAGAGAGGAAUAAGACCAGAGGGAAGAUGAUCACUGAUACUGAUGAAGAGGAUGAAGUUGAGUCUGGCAAGUUCUUGGGCAGUUCUCCGGCACCUUCAAGCCAACCACAGGGUCUGAGCUAUGCUGAGGAUGCAGCUGAGCAUGAGAACAUGAAGGCUGUACUGAAAACCUCAUCCCCCGCCACGGAGGAUGCCACGCCUGUGCUGGGGGUCCGCACACGCAGCCGAGCAAGCCGAGGAUCAACUAGUUCCUGGACUAUGGGAAUUGAUGACUCACCUAAUGUCACAGAUGACACAGCUGAUGAGAUCAUGGACCGAAUUGUCAAGUCAGCCACACAAGUGCCCAGUCAGCGAGUGGUGCCGAGGGAGAGGAAGCGAUCUCGGGCCAACAGGAAAUCUCUGCGAAGGACCCUGAAGAGUGGCCUGACUCCUGAAGAAGCCAGAGCCCUGGGCCUGGUCAGCACCUCAGAGUUGCAGCUGUGA